AUGGUAGUCGAAAAGGAAGGCACCUUCACCGUCGACAAUGUAGCCCUGUACUCCAAGUCUUGGCUGCCGGACACCACCACCCCAACCAAAGCCAAGCUCCUCUUCAUCCACGGCUUCAGCGAUCACAUCAACCGCUACAACCGCUUCUUCGCCGCCCUCGCCUCACGUGGCAUCUCCGUGCACGGCAUUGACCAACGCGGCUGGGGCCGCUCGGUCUCGCACCCGCGUGACCGCGGUAACACGGGCCCGACCGAGCGCGUCCUCGCCGACAUGGCCGCCUUCAUCUCGUCGCACCUCGACGACAACCCGGACAAGCUCCCCGUCUUUGUCAUGGGCCACUCCAUGGGCGGCGGGCAGGUACUCACGUUUGCCUCGCAUCCGAAGUAUCAAGAGAGUGUGGUGCGGCGUGUAAGGGGCUGGUUGCUGGAGUCGCCGUUUAUUGGGUUCUCGCCGGAGGAAAAGCCAAGUGCGCUCAAGGUCAUGGCGGGACGGUUAGCGGGGAAGCUGUUGCCUAAGCAGCAGAUGCGGCAUGCCAUCUUGCCGGAGAAUCUGAGUCGCGAUCCAGAGGUGGUGCAGAGUAUCAAGGAUGAUGAAUUGAUGCACAACACCGGGACGCUGGAGGGGUUGGCUGGGUUGCUGGAUCGCACGGAUGCGCUGGCAACCGGGAAGGUUAGGCCAAAUGGCGGCGCGGUAAAGAGCUUGUGGUUAGGUCACGGCACGCAGGACAAGACGACAUGGUUCGAGGCGAGCAAGAAGUACUUUGAGGAGUGCUGUGGGGAGAUUCCCGAUAAGGAGUUCAAGGCGUAUGAGGGUUGGUAUCACCAGCUGCAUGCGGAUGGAGAGGUUAGCGAGGAGUUUUAUAAGGACGUUGGGGACUGGAUCUUGAAGCGGUGUGAGGAGCCGGCUCAGGAGGGAGCUGCAGACAAUGGGGGAAAGGUCGAUGCCAAACUGUAG